AUGAGGUUGUUCCAUGUUGCUGUUAAGGGAAAAGCUCUUAGUUGGUUGGAAAGGCAGCCUGCAAGACGUAUUCCGACAUGGGAUGAUUUAUCUCAGAAGUUCUUUUCUGAGUUCUUCUCAAUAGAGAGAUACAAUCAGAUGGUGAAUGACAUCACCAAUUUCACUCAAUCAGAGGGUGAAACUAUAUGUGCAGCAUGGAACAGAUUCAAGGAUUUAAUGAGGUGUCCUCAUUAUAACUUGACUGCUGGCAACCAAGUAAGAAUUUUCUUCAACGGUUGUAAACCUGAGGUUCGAAUGGUGCUGAAUGGUGCAGCAGGUGGCACGAUUAAAUCUUUGAGGGCAAAUGAGACUCUUGAAUUGAUUGAGAGAAUGGCUACCAAUGAAAAUGAAGGGUUGUCAUCUAAACCUAAGAGAGGUAUCCUUCAACUGGAAGGUAAUGAUGUGGUGCUAGCUGCAAAUAAAUUAUUAUCUCAGCAAAUGGCAACUCUGACAGAGAGGCUUGAUAAGAAGCAACUUUCUAAUGUUCAGACUAAAGUUGCGGCAGUUGUGUCUGAAUAUUGCAAGGACAAUCACGAGUCUAAUGAAUGUCCUUCCUUGUUGUCUUCUGAUCCUCCUCAACAAAUGCAUGUUAAUGGCAUUUGGUAUGACCAGAGACCUCUACCACAAAAUAUUCCAAGAAAUCAGAAUUUUCCUUCUGGAAGUAAUUUUCAGAGGAGGGUGCAAGGAACUGAGACUAGGGCCAAUACCAAAAAUACAAAUGCAUCUAUCAGAAAUUUAGAGAAUCAGAUUAGCCAACUGGCUAAGCAAAUUGCUGAUAGAACUCCAGGUACCUUCCCUAGUAAUACAAUUACUAAUCCAAAGGAAGAUUGUACGGCUAUCACAACUCGAAGUGGUAAAGUGGUGGCAGCUCCGGAAAAGCCAAACAUAAAUGUAGGAGCUGAAGAGAAGUUUAAGGAGGUUAAGGAGCCGGAAAAAGAAGUGGUAAUUCCUUUUACUGUUGAGAAGCCUUUUCAGAAAGGUGAAGAAGAAGAGCAGAUGAUUGUUGCUGAAAAGAAGAAAUUUGUGUUGAGUUCUGAAUAUGUGAGAGCCAUGGCACCUUAUCCUGAAAUAUUCAAGAAAGAUGCUCAGAAGCAGCAAUAUGCCAGAUUUCUUAAUAUCUUCAAAAAGUUGCAUGUUAAUAUAGCCUUUGUUGAAGCCUUGAAGAAGUUUCCUCCCAAGCUUCGUGAUGCAGAAAGUUUUAAUAUUCCUAUUGCUAUUGGUAACAUAAAUGUUGGCAAAGCUUUGUGUGAUCUUGGGGCAAGUAUAAAUUUGAUGCCAUUGUCCGUGUAUAAAUCUUUGGGGAUAUCUGAGCUCAAACCUACUAUGGUUUCCUUGCAACUUGCUGACAAAUCUUUAAGGAAAUCCAAUGGUAUAAUUGAAGAUUUCCUUGUGAAAGUGGACAAAGGAAGUGGGGAAACAGAAAAAUCUUCUAGUCAAGAGCUUGAUGAAGAACUCGAGGCGCAUGAUAUUGUUCAUUUUAAGGAAGAAAAGAAUGUAGCAUUUGAGGUUUUUGAAAAGAAAGAUGAUGACAAAGAAGAUGGUGCCCUAAAAGUGGAGUUGAAAGAGCUUCCUGAAACUCUUAAAUACAUCUUCUUGAGUGAUGAGGAGACUUACCCUGUUAUCAUUAAUAAGGGAUCGUCUUUUGAGCAAGAACGAAGGUUGAUUGAAGUGCUGAAGGAACAUAAGACUGCCAUAAGGUGGUCUGUCUCUGAUUUGAAAGGUAUAGAUCCUUCUUUCUGUACCCACAAAAUUGACAUGGAGGAUGAUGUCAAACAUGUGAGGAAACCUCAAAGGAGGCAUAAUCCUACAAUGAAGAAGAUUCUUCUUCCAUCCUUUGGUUUGACUAUUGCUGGGGACAACAAUUCUUUAAAUCUGGGAAUGGUAGGCUUUUGA